AAUAUAAUAUUCUAACUUAUGUAAGGUAGUUUGGUAUCAUCUGUCUCACCACUUUCUAAACUUUUGAAUCAACCUUUCACAAUCUCCCUCAUCAUCGGACGGUAAACCUGGUAUCUCUCUCUCUCACACACACAUCCUUUCUGUCCUAUAUAAGGCUGGAAGGUGUGGAGGGCGUCACCCCUGCCACCUCACCUCCGAUAGCCGGAGGGGCGCCAGGCACCAUGGUUCAUCCGCCACCGUGGUAACGAGGAAGAAGGUGUGUGCAGUUGAAGUUGGAUUAUUUAGCACAAGUGUUCAUGGGACAUCUUCGAUUUUGAGCCAUGCCAGAGGGUAUAACACCUGAAAAUCUAAUAAACAACAUCAUGGAUACACUUUCCGAUAAGCAUCAAAGUCACAGCUCCGGUUCAUUUUUUUCGGAGGAGAAAUCACCACCCUCUGUAACUGCUCAGAUUAACAAGCUGUUUGGGAGACAGAAGCCGGUGUACAAUAUUUUAGGGGGUGGCAAAUCUGCUGAUGUACUCUUAUGGAGGAACAAAAAGAUAUCGGCAAGUGUCUUAUGCGGUGCAACUGCGGUUUGGGUGCUUUUUGAAUGGCUUAACUACCAUUUUCUUCCUCUUGUCUGUUUUGGUCUUGUUGUAUGUAUCAUUGGCCAGUUUAUUUGGUUACACCUCUUGAAAAGGGCCCCACCUCGUCUUAAGCUGCCUGACGAGCUCUUUGUGAACAUUUCUACUACAAUAGGCACUGAAGUUAACCGUGCUUUAGGCUUCCUUCAGCACGUUGGUUCUAGAGGAGAUAUUAAGCAACUUGCGAUCGUUGUUGGGAGCUUGCUAACUGCUGCAAUUAUUGCAACCUGGUGCAACUUUUUGACUAUAAUCUAUAUAGGUUUUGUGGCUGCUCACACUCUGCCUGUUGUGUACGAGAAGUACGAUGACCAAAUCGAUAACAUGGUAUACAGUGUACUAGGAAAGGUUCAGAACAACUAUAGUAAGCUGGACGCUAGUGUGCUACGUAGAAUUCCUACUAGGAAGAAAUUUGCAUAAUUUUAUUUAAAAAUGUUACGUAAGUCUAAUUUUCCGUAUUAGAUUGCUUAUGGUGUAUUUAAUAUUUAUCAGUAGUUUGCGAAUAAAUAGUGUUAUAUAUUUACUGGAAUGCGAAUAGUUUCUCAUUUCUCGUA